AUGGAUUUGGGUGGUCGUGCUAAUAGACUGGGGAUGGAGUUAUUGAACCAGUCCAACUACAAGGUAUGGAAGACUUGUAUGGAGUCAUACCUUGUUGGUGAUGAUUUGUGGGAAGUUGUCAAUGGGAGUAACACAAGUCCUCCUGCUGAUGCACCGAAAAAUAGUAAUGCACUUAAGAAAUGGAAGCAGAUUAAUGCUAAGGCGGAGUUUAUCUUGAAGAGGUCUAUCUUUCCUAAUUUAUUUGAUCAUAUUAUAAGGUGUAAAUCAGCUUAUGAAAUAUGGAGGACCUUCGAUCGGUUGUUAAACAAGAAGGAUGAAGCUCGGCUACAUAUUUUGGAGAAUGAGUUAGCUAACACCGCUCAAGGUAAUCCCUCUAUCGCCGAGUAUUUUUUGAAUGUUAAAAAUUUGUGUUCCGAAAUUUCUCUAUUAAAUUCGGACGACGCUAUAUCUGAAGUACGAAUAAGAAGAAUUAUUAUUCAUGGUUUAAAAGCAGAAUAUAUUCUCUUUGUUACAUCGAUUCAAGGAUGGAUUCAACAACUAUCUUUGGAAGAAUUUGAGAAUUUGUUGUCGUCACAUGAGCUACUAGACAAACAGAUGGCUGGUGUAUCCAUCAAAGAAGGAGAAGGAAAUGCUCUUGUCACUGAUAAGAGGAACUUUAAAGGGAAAUUGCACUUUCGGCUCUCAAGUGGUUCAAGCUCGCCAGUAAAGAAGGGGGAGUCUUCCUGUAACAAUAAAAAACCUUAA